CGUGCGGCCACGGGGCGGGGAGAAAUGCGGCCGGCCAGUUGUGAACCUCUCUAUCUAGUCGUAUUAAUCGUCGGAGCGUGAUGAGGAGUAUGCUGGAUUGAUGCAAUGAGGAGCUUGCUCCAGGCGUGCCGCCGUUGCUGCGGUCUCCUGCUGUUUCCUCGUGCUGCCGAAGCUGCCUUGACUGCCAAUCGUAAUGGGUCAUGGAGGAGGCAUUGCGUUCUAGCUGCACAGCGUCUUUCCAAGAGCACAAGUGCCCUGCCAUGGGAAGCGCCGUCCCGUGAAACUCUACUAAGGAUGAUCGAUGCUGGCCUCAAGGAUGGCAAUCUCGAUGAGGCGCUGCGAGCAUUCGGCAAUUACAAAAGCCUGCACGGUCUUCCCGAGCCGAGGGUAUUGAACAGCGUGAUCGUGUCGCUGUCCUACACAUCUAGCCGGAGGUGGCUUCAGAGAGCGUAUGACAUGGUUCUGUCAGUUUAUCAGCGCAACGGCAAUCUUCUCAACACUAGCUCGCUGAUGAGGCUAGCUCUGGCACUUGCAAGAGAUCAGACGCCUGUCCCUGCCUCUGCGACCCUUAGGGUCAUGCUGCAGAGUGGCAAGCUUCCUGAUGUUGAUAUGCUCAGCAUGGUGUUUUUGCACAUGGUGAAAUCACAAGUAGGAUCUUAUCUUGCUGCUGAUGUUCUAGCUGAGACCUGCGAGUGUUUCUUGGGUCAAAUAUCAGAUAGGCGACAACUGAAGAAAUUGGACCCAUUAAAGAACAAUGUCACCUUGUUCAAUAUGGUUUUGGAGUCAUGUGUUAACUUCAAAUGCAUGAUCAAAGCCCAGAAAAUAAUGGAGUUGAUGUCAUUGGUUGGGGUUGUAGCCGAUGUGAAUACAAUGGCGAUUGCUGCUCGUGUCUGUGAAAUGGUUGGGCAGCGAGACGAGUUGGUCACCAUGAAAAAAAGCAUUGAUUCCCUUUUGCCAUUCUUUCAGCACUAUCGACAUUUUUAUGACAGUUUAUUGAGCCUACAGUUCAGUUAUAACGACAUGGAUGCUGCUGCAGAUCUUUUGAUCGAACUGUAUCGGCGACGAAAGUCACACACUUUCGACAACAAUGAUGUGCAGAAACAGGGUAUGAUACAAAUUGGCUCUGGUAACCUCAAAAGUGGAUAUAGAAUAAUGUUUGACCCCGCAAAACUGGAUAAAGGUUUUGUUUUGGAUACAACAAAGCAGUGCAACCUUCUUGUUCCUGUUGAUGGAAAUCUUCUUCCUAGUGAAAAAGCCCUUGCUAAAUUCAUUGUUGGCUGCGUGAAAGCAAAGAAACUGGGUCCAUUGUCUAGCUUUUUUAUUACAUUGCAUGAAGAAGAUCUAAAGGGAGUUUCUGCUUCAGGUGUGAUUAAUGCAUGCAUUCAGAUGGGUUGGUUGCAUGAGGCUCAUGAUAUCCUGGAUGCUUUAGAAUCAGCGAAGGUUCCUGUCACGGUUGGUACUUACAUGUCUCUUCUGGGAGCAUAUGAGAAGGAGCAUAAACCCGAAGAAUUCAAUGGGCUUCUCCAACAGAUACAGAAAAUAGCAUCUACCAUGGCUGAAUUUCAUACUAGUCCAUCAUUUACCAUAAAGGACAUUGCCAACAUACUCAAGGAUGAGAUGCCCCAAACUAUAUCAUCUUUGUUCUCCAGUUUGGUUGAAGAAACUGAACACUAUGACCCUGGAGACUACUUAACCUUUCAGUUAAAUAAUUCAAUUCUUUUCUUCUGCAAGGCAAAAAUGAUGGAAGAUGCUAUGAGUACAUAUAAGCGCAUGAGAGAGCAAAAUAUUAGACCCAAUCUGCAUACCUUUUGCCACAUAUUGUGCGGAUAUUCUUCACUAGGCAUGUAUAGGGAGAUCACCAUACUGUGGGGAGAAAUAAAGCGCAGACUCGAGUGCGGAGAAAUAUCUGUUGAUAGGGAUUUGCUUGACUGCUUGGUUUUGGAUUUCCUCAGAGGUGGCUAUUUUUCAAGGGUGAUGGAGGUUACAAGUUACAUGUCAACCCAUAAUAUUUACUGUGACAAGUGGAAAUAUAGGCAAGUCUUUCUGAAGCUGCACAAGAAUCUAUAUAUGAACUUGAGUUCAUUGCAUGAUAAAACAGAAGCUCAGAGCAAAAGGAUCGAAGAUGUCCGAGCUUUCAGGUCAUGGGCAGGCAUCAAAUAGAUAAACCUGAGUACGGCACUGUAAUUAUUUUGCUUUUUCAGAAACACUUUGGUAGCUCAAAAGUACAUUGUUCUUCUCCAAUGUAAUAUAUCGAAGUUUGUAGGAUAAUGUUGUAGUGUUGUCUCUU